UUCGGUAGAUAAUCAUGGUAUGCAUUGUGGUACGCAUCAUAUCUGCCACUAACACUUCGCAAUUUUGCAAACUCCGAUUGUUCAGUUGAUCGCCACACGUGACCCACGCUGAACCGUGACAGUUUUGUGUUUAUUUUUUAUCAAAACAACUUAUGCGUUAACUUGAGAGAAAUGACCACUCAAACGUCUGUCAUAGAACACUACUGCAGAAAAUGGAAGCUCGAUGACACAAUUAAACACCAUGCAACAAACACAAGAAAUAUCUCAUUGAGUCACAGCCCGUAUGACGACUUGCUUCCAAAGAAUGAGCCGAAAUUCAUGGCAAUUGUAAGAAAUUGGGAAAAACGCAUAGGAUUUGUUACCCCAAUACGAUGGAAAGAUACCGUAUUAAUAGCGUUACUCCACAUAGUAGCCAUCACAUGGUUUUCAUACACACUUUGUUUUAUACAUAGCCCUAAAUGGCAGUCCAUACUCUUCGCGUUCCUAAUGGGGCAAAUUGCUGGAUUUGGAGUGACCGCUGGAGCACAUCGGUAUUGGUGCCAUCGUUCAUACAAAGCAAAACUGCCACUACAGUUCAUUUUACUCAUUUCUUACUCAAUAGCAGGACAGAACACAAUAUACAACUGGGUGCGCGACCACCGAGUCCACCAUAAGUUCUCUGAAUCUUCAGCUGAUCCCCACGAUGCCAGACGAGGGUUCUUUUUCUCUCACGUCGGCUGGCUCAUGAUGAAGAAACACCCUGCCGUGCUCAAGGAAGGAGCUAAGAUUGACAUGAGUGAUAUCAAAAACGAUCCCCUUGUACGGUUUCACACGAAAUAUUUCAACCUAUUUAAAAUGGCCUGCUGCUUUCUGUUGCCGACUCUUGUACCCGUGAUAUUCUGGGAUGAGACCUGGGACCUGGCGAUACUCUCUCAGCCACUCCUGCGGUAUAUGUUCAGCCUCAACUUCACGUGGUCCGUCAAUAGCUUCGCGCAUAUUUGGGGCAAUAAGCCCUACGACCGUAACAUCAUGCCAGCUGAAAAUUGGGGAGUUUCUGUAGUUGCUAUGGGUGAGGGUUGGCACAACUACCACCACACGUUCCCGUGGGACUAUAAGGCAGCUGAACUGGGCUACACACUUAACUUGACCACGCUUAUACUAGAUAUGUUUGCGAGCAUCGGCUGGGCAUACGACCUGAAAGUUGCUUCAUCCUCUCUAGUGCAUACUGUUGCGAAAAACAGAGGAGAUGGAAGCAAAGUAUAACAGUUAUUGCACUUUUAAACAAUAAACCCCUUAAGUUAGAUGAUCAUGUUAGUCUUAAGAUGAGAGUGAUUCAUAAGGCAAAAGUAGGUAUUGUUAGAUUUUUAUUGAAUUGAUGCUCUGUGACAUAGUGGAUAAGUAUUACAAUAAAUAAAUUAGGCUACUCCAAGAAAUUUAUAUAUUUAUAUAUUUUAUCCAAGCUUUUUAUAUUCUAAAAAGUUUUUAUUUGUUGUAUUUCAACAUUAGGUACUAUUUUUAAGUUACUUGUAAGAAAAUGAAGUUAGGUAACUACAUAGGUAUGUGUGUACUGUCCGGAUCAACACCUAGGAAUUUUUUAACAGAUAUUGUUGUAAAUGGUAUAUUGUUGGUGACUGCGUAGCUUCUAAUGCAGCAGAUACGUAGGUGCUUCCUUUGUUUUUGCUAUACAAUUCCAAUUUCGUUCCAAAAACAAUUUUUU